AUGCAGUUUGUUGUUGAUUUCCAGCAACUCGCGAUUCAUGAGAUGCUCGUUGAUCUCGUGAGCGCCGCACAGAAAGAGGACUGGUCAGAGACGCGACGGGUAUUGUACAGGCACUGGUUGACGACGUGCCCGAAACUAUUCAAAAUCAAUGCCGACCAACCGUGGGAUAGCUCGAUAAUCGAUGAGAAGGCGAUAAGUGAGUGCGCGUAUGACCAAUUAUUCGCGCCGCUCGUCGGCACGUUUUGUUUGGACUCGACGAGCACCGAGAGCAAUUUGAGCGCGCUGAACGAGCUCGCUGGUUUGGAUCCGCAACAGCAGGCGACGGGCAAAAUUUGUGGGCACGUGUUCAAGAAUGGCGAGCUCACCUACACGUGCAGGGAUUGCGCCACCGACGCGACAUGCGUAAUGUGUUUGCAGUGUUUCGAAGAAUCGAUUCACAAGAAUCACAAGUAUUCGAUGCACUCAUCGACGGGCUCCGGCUAUUGCGAUUGCGGCGAUGCGGACGCGUGGACCGACGGCUAUGCGUGCGCAACGCACGCGCAAUGUGUUCGCGAGCAAGGCGCCCAGGAUUUGCCGGAGGAUUUGAUGAUUCGUUGUCGUGAGCUUGUCGAGACGAUUCUCGAGUAUUGCAUCAGCCUCAUCACGCACACCGACGAUUCGACACUUCCGCCGCUUCUCGAUGAAAUUUGCCAGGACAACGAUGUGCCGUCGGCGAGCCAAUAUCUCACGGUGCUCUACAACGAUGAGACGCACACGUAUGAGAGCGUCAUCAAGGUGCUGGAAUUGUAUGUGCACUGCACGAAGGACCAGGCGAUGCUGAUCGCGACGAUUGUCGAUCGCGAGGGACGAAGUGCGGUGAAAUUGGGCAAUCGCGUCGAUUGUAGUAAAAUCAAGGACGACAUUCAGCGGAAAACACUACGCGAUGUGAAUACGAUGCGUCGCGUCGCCGGCGGCAAUCAGCCAUUGAGUGUCAAAGUGAUGGACACGAUACUGUUUGCGAAUCAGAAUCACGCGAUUGCGUUGCUGAAUUGGCUCAAUGCGCAAAUUGACGUUUUUCCGCCUCUCCGCGAAAUUGUUGGCAAUGUGCUUUUGAAUAGCAAAAUUGGCGGGAUUGCCGAUGAGGAUUUGAGUCGCGAGAUGGCCUCACUUCAUCCGUCGGAAACCGGCGACGAGGCGAUGGACGUCGAUGAUGAGUCGCUUCAGAAUCAGAACACGCUUGUCGAGACGGUCCUCAUGGAGGACACCGAUAUGUGGAAGGUGGCGCGAAGCAUUAUUCAUCAAAUGCUCAUGCGAACCGUAUUCAUGAAUUAUGAUCAGAAGGUGCACUUUGCGAAAUCGUUUAUGAAGCACUAUGAGCAUAUAUAUGAGGAUUUUAUUUCGGAUGAUCACGAUAUGGAUGUGUCGAUUGUUGGUCUAUCGGUUCAGUUCCUCACGGUGCCGUCGUUGGCGAGACGACUCGUCGCCGAAGACGACGCGUUCACUGUCAUCAAUCAAGCGAUGAUCAAUCGCACGAAGCGCUAUGUGAAACACAUCGAUCAAGACGUUCGACGAUUCGAUUUCAACGGCAACUCGUUUCCGAACGAUCUUCGCCGAGCGCUUCACAUUUGUCGCGAUAUGGCGUUCCUGUUGAAUUCGGUGCCCGGCGAGGCCGACUGGAGCGAGCAGUUGAAGGAGAAAUUUGUGCGCGGUUGCGGCGCGUUCAUCGAAAUCGCGCACUUUAUGCAAGGAAUGGACGAGGUGAAGCGACAAUCGGUCGAGCAUCAAGUCUGGGAGUCCGAAUGGGAGACGGCGUUCAACAUUCUGCUGCGCAUCAAAGACGCCAUCACGCUGAUUGUGGCGUGGGCGGGAACCAAUAUGGAAGUCCAUAAUCGUGUUCUUCUCAUGCUUCUUCAAGCGAUGGACAAACACAAAAUCACGACGACGGAUGAGAGCGGCGAGACGCACGUGUUUUUCGAGGUCGAAGGCGAAUCGACGACGCUUCGAAGUUUUGAUGUGCUUCGCGGCGGCGUCUCGAUUCAUCAGCCGAUUCCGCGACUCAUCGCCGGCAUGUUCUCGGCGCACGAGUAUGUCAUGUUCAUUCAUCGCGCCGCCGAGAUGACUCUCGACGAUGUGCAAUCGGAGAUUGUGGCGAGAAUCGCGAAAGCGAAAAAGGAUUUGUACGAGCUGAAUUUGAGAUCUUUGGUUCUUUGCGCGCAGACGAACGCGCAAUUGUGGCGUCGCAACGGCUUCUCGCUGAUCAAUCAGAUUCACAACUAUUAUUCGCCGCUUUGCCGCAGCGAGAUGUUCGAUCGCGACGUGCUGAUGCUUCAAGUUGGCGCCGCGUUGGUGCCGACGCGCGAAUUCCUACUCCAUCUCAUUCAUCGCUAUCGCAUCGUCAACUGGUCGGAUCCGCAAUUCGAGGGCAAUCCGAAGAGCGCGUCGGCGGCGGGCGGCAAAAUUGAGACGGAGGAUCUGAGCAAAUGCACGGUGUCGCUCGCCGAAGAGUUCCUACAGGUCUUGAUCAUGAUCGCCGGCGAGCGCUAUCUGCCCGGCGUCGGGCAGGUGGCCGCCGCCGAUCAUCUCCGUCGAGAGGUGAUCCAUGUGUUGUGCACCGGUGCGCAGACGUUCAGCCAUAUUCAACAUCGAUUAUCGCACGAGGUCGCCGUGAAGAAGGUGUCCCUUCACGAGGUUGUUAAUCAGGUUGCUGAAUUCAGGAAGCCGCUAGCCACGUCGGCCGGACAAUUCUAUUUGAAGCAGGAGCUUCUCUGCGAAUACAAUCCGUUCUUUAUGCACUACUCGAAGAGCGACCAAUCGGCCGCCGAACAGCAUCAGCAGAAGCUCAGACAGAAAAUGGACAAGGAGACUCGUGCGUGCGCUCCGCCCAAAUUGCCGCCGUUCACGCCAUUCUUCAAAAACGCCGUCGAGGUGUUGAGAUCGCCGAUUUUGAUUCGAAUCUUGAAGGUGAUCAUCGAGCGCACGGCGAAAAGGAAUCGGUUUUCGAGCGAUCGCUUAUUUCAUAAAGCGCUUUUCCUCGUCGGAAUGGCAUUGAACGAGGAGGAGGUCAAUUCGUCGUUUGGCUUCACACGAAUCGCCGAGGAGGAGAGCAAUCUGCUCGCGUCGAUGGAAGCGAUUCAGGGCAAACCCGAAGCGACGAUUUGCACAUUGCUGUUGGAUUUUUUGAUACAGAAGUACAAAAAAUUGCGACAGGCGAACGGCGACGGAAUGGAAGUCGAGAAUGUCGACGAGUCGAAAUCGCGUCAGGAGACGGCCGACGAGUUGAAGGCGAAGCGGGCGGCGCGCGCGCGCGAGAUGCGCCAAAAAGCGAUGGCGAAAAUGGCGACGAUGCAGAAGAAGUUUAUGAAGCAGAUCGACGACACCGAAAGCGUCGUCAAGAAGGACGACGAGACGACGUCGUCGUCCGACGACGCCAACAAAGCGUAUUUCGCCGCCGACGGCAAAUGCGAGUACGACGAGGAUAUUGUGCGAAACGUGGCCACCGGCGGACAAGAGUUUCCCGUGUGCAUCGGCGCGCACAAAUGGAAGGCGGAAAUUGUGCGGGAGCGCAAACUCACGUGCAUUUUGUGUCAGGAGGACGAGCCGAUUCAUCCCAUCAACGGCAAACCGAUGGUGUGCGCCGCGUUCAUUCAACAAUCUCAACUCUUCACCCAUAAGAACCACGAGGGUCAUUUGAUGACGUCGAUUAGCGGCGGGAUUUCGACGCGAGACCUUUUGACAGCUCCCGCCACUCUACAAUACGGUGUUGAUGUUUCGACGUGCUCGCACAGUAUGCAUUUUGAGUGCUAUAAAAGCUUGUCGGAAUCGAUAAAAGUGCGCGAUAGCCUCCGCGCGCGCAAUCAGAAUUUGUACAGUCACAAAAUGGUCGAUUCGGAAAUUGGCGAAUAUCAAUGUCCGUUGUGUAAACGCCUAUCGAACGCGGCGAUUCCGGUGCUGCCCGCUUAUCAGUUGACGAAUGUUCAGGGAUUUUCGACAAUUUCGGGUGCCAACAACGAGACGUUUGACGAAUGGGUGACGCGUGUGAAACGCCAUCUCGACAUGCCGUUGGGCUCCGAGGGCAUCCGCAAAAAAGGCCAUAGUCGGAAGCGAUCGCACUCGGAGCGUUCGCUUCUCGAUUUGGAGAAGGCGGCGGCGGCCACGGAGAAGACGAAAGACGACGACGCGUCGGGAUUGUUGUCGUUCGGCUCGGUCGCCGCCAUCACCGAUCCGCCCGUCGUUCAGAUCGCCGAGAAUCGGCCGUCGACACCGGUGCCGAGCUCAUCGUCGGUCAUGCAGGAUUUGAUGAGCACGAUUCGGUCGGAAGUGGUGGCGAACGAGGACGACGCGUCGGAAGAGGAGUUCUACAACGAGCUUGCCAUGCUGCUGAAUCAGGAUGUCGGCGCGUCGCCGACGAAUACGCCGGAAGCGACGCCGAUGCGCAACGAGGGCGCCAACGCCGCCUCGUCGGCCCCCGCCGUCGUCGAGGCGCCGAAGAAGGGCCUGAGCAAUCAAUUGCAGCACGCGCUCUACUCGUUGAUUCGUCCGUUUCCGGCGCUCAUCGGCUCGAAUCGAUUGUGCGCCAACGGUUUGGAGCAGUUUGAGGAGUCGAUCAAGGAGCUCGGCAAGAAAUUGAUCAAAUUUCGGCGGCGCGGCAACGAGAAGACGAAAUUCCUCGAGAAACACCUACGCGGUUACGUGAUCGCGACGGUCACUUGGCAAUCGUCGGCGCACGUCGCGCGCGCCAUCUCCUCGUACCUCUACUACGACGGCAAGCCGUUGUUCGGCGCGUUGAACACCCGCCAACGCGAUUGUCUGUCGGCGAUGGCGCGACUCUGCGCGUCGUUGUCGCACAAUUUGCAAUUCUUGUUGCACGCCGUCGCCGACAUGCUUCGAAUUUUGUGUUGCGAGCCACCGCCGCCGCCGCCGAAGUCGAAGGCGCCGAGUGUGCCGACGUCGCCGAAGAGUGGCGGGACGACGCAAGCGGGCAGCAGCACCGGCGUCGGCUCGACGACCACGACGAAUGGCUCGCCGACGAAUUUCGCGUUUCUCGUUCAGCUGUUCAAUCCGACGGGUCCGCGAAAGAACGCGAACUUGAACAUUCUGCAUGUCGACAUGCUGAGUCUGGCGGUGUCGUUGAUGAUGUCGAUCGGAUGGACGUGGAACAAUGGUGUGCAGACGAUGCACUCGACGGGAUCGCCGAAAGCGAGACAAUUGACGCCGGACGGCUCGAUCGAUGAGGCGUACGUGUUGCGAUUGGUGCUGAUCGCGCACUAUUUUCAGAUCAUCGCGACGUAUGACGAGUUUGACGGCGAUGACGUGAACAUGGACGACUCGAUGGACGAGACGACGCAAUCGGCUGGAGGAAUCGAGGCGUCGACGGGUCAACUGCUGACGCGAUUGUUCGCGAUUUGUCGUCCCGACGAGCCGCAACCGCGUAAACUCGACAAAUUGCUGAAGCGAAUGGAAGACGGCGCUCAGAUUCUGCUUCGACCCAUCGCGUUGUUGUAUCAUUUUUUGACGCUUGUCGAUCCGCCCGAGGCGCUCAAAGACCCGUCGAUACGCAGCCCGGAGCCGUUGUUCCGCUAUUUGAGUCUUCCGGCGAAAAUGGUCGACCAGCUGACGGGCUGCCUCGUCGACAAUCUGUUUGUGAUGUGGUCGCAGGCGAUACCGCGCGAUAGUGUCGCGCGUCGCGAGCUCGUCGUCCAGCCGGUUCGGCCGAAUCUCCUCAUCGAUUUGCCGCCAAAGUACAGCGCGCUGAUCAAUCGCGUCGCGACGUUCCGCUGCCCGUCGAUACCGAUGGAAGAGUCGACGGUGAACGUGCCGACGAUUUGCCUCGUGUGCGGCACAAUUUUGUGCUCGCAAGCGUAUUGUUGCCAGAAAAUUAUCAACAAGCAAUCGUAUGGCGCGUGUCGUUAUCAUAUGUCGCAAUGCUCGGGACCCGUUGGCAUAUUUCUACGUGUACGCGAUUGUAAUUUGGUGUUGAUGGCGACGCGCAAACGCGGAUGCUUCCGACCGGCGCCGUACGUCGACGAGUUUGGCGAAGUCGAUCAGGGAUUCAGACGCGGCAAUCCGUUGCACCUGAAUCCGGACCUCUACCAGAAGCUCAAACUGCUUUGGCUUCAGCAGGGAAUCACCGAGGAGGUGGUGAACUACAACGAGAUCGAUUUUCGCAAUAUUCAAUACGAUUGGGCGCAUUUCUAG